AGACGUCAAGCCAAAAGCAGCAGAGCCAAUCUCUAGCCACUCAAGACGGUCGCGCUAGUAGUAGUAAUACUUCUGCACUUUCCCCACCUUGCCGAUCCGACACGGUCCAAGGGCCGCUUCACUUUUCGAGACACCGUUUCGAAGGGCCGCGAAAGAAGAACGUUCGUUGUCGGGUAAGGUCCGGCAAGAUGCAGAGCUCCAACGUUGCGGGCCAUGUGCGGCCAUUGCCGUCGCCUUCCUCGGCAUCCACGUCUGCCUCGCCCUCGACGUCCUUGCACCACGUCUUUGCGGAUGCGAGAAAUCCGCACAUGCAAUCACACCUCUAUGCUUCCCAGUCGUCUUUGUCGUCACCCUCGCAGCAGCAACAACCGCAGCUGCAACACCACUCGCAAUCGCAGUACCACCAGCCAUAUCCGCACGCGCAUCACUCGAUGCUUCCGCUCCAGCAGCAGCAGCAGCAGCAGCAAAAUUCACAGCCGCAGAACCCGCAGCAUACUUAUAUGACACCUGCCAUGUAUGCUGCCCACCAUGAUGCAACAGGAAGUCGGCCGCCGACAUGGAGGUCAUCAUCGGCUCAGCAACAGCAGCAACAGCAGCAACAGCAGCAACAGCAGCAGCAACCACAUCAACAACAGCAACAAUCACAAAAUCGAGGUUCGUUUGCUGUGCCAUCAUCGAUGGGUGCGCCCAUGCCGUUCGCCUCGCAGAUGCGCUUUGCACCAGCAGCUACAUCCAGCGAUGGACCAUCCACACAAGCUGCUGAAUGGUCGGCGCAGCGCCCAAACAGCGUCGCGAUCCGACCGCAAGCGUUGCCGCCGCAAGAGGUAGUCAAUGGUGAUCCUAACCACCUCGGUCCCGCUCCGCUGCGCAGGGGACAAGCUUGCAAGGCUUGUCGGAGGCGGAAGCUGCGGUGCGACGCCGUGAGGCCCGUCUGUGGGACCUGCACCAGGUCCAGAGCCGCUGCUGCGUCGGCAAACCACGCCUCGCCGGUGCCCGAUGGCGACUGUAUCUACGACGAUGGUCCAAUCACUCUUCCCUCUCUCUCUUCUUCGUCCCCCUCUUCCAUUGCACCAACAGCGGCAAACGGCACGUCAAAUGCGCAUACGCUCGGUCAGCAGAGGAGGGCGAGCGCCAGCCACACGUCGCCCUCCUCAUCCACCUCGUCGGUCCCUCACGAACAGCUACCGUUUACCCGGCCGACGGGUGAGGAAACGAUCAAGAAGCGAAAGAAGCGCAAGACACUCGACGAUGCUGCUGCUGCCGCUGCUGCUGCUGCUGCUGCUGUUGCUGCGUCUUCCUGGCGAUCAGCGGAUACCUAUUCGCCUCCUUCAGUGCCCCCCACGGUGCCCGUUGCGGGCGAGACGAUUGAAGAAAAAGCCGCAAGGCUCGAGAGGGCCGUGCGAUACCUCGAAGGCCUCCUGGAAAAGUCGGUGAUCAAGGACGAACUCGUCGACGAACCAGAUAUAGCGACUCAGCGGAGCGAGAGGGAAUCGCACGCUGGGACAAGCAACGGCACGAAGGGCAAAGGACGAGAGAGGGGGGCGACAAUUUCGACGCCUGCCAUUCCCGUCUCUCGACUGCUGUGUAUCCAGGAGGACUCGGGAAAGAAAGAAAACAUCAUGUUGCGAUAUACGCAGCGCUCAGCCGCAAAGACGUCGUCGCCAUCCACGGGUCAACGAGACUCGCCCGAGCUGCCCUCGUCGCAGGACCUCUUCGGCCUGGGCGAAACCGAGGUCGACAAGGAGGCCAGGGUGCGAAGCGAACUCAAUCACCUUUCGGAGAACGCGUUGGGUCAGCCCGACCCGAUUCGAGAGAUUUUCUUUCCAGGAUGGAGCGUCGAUCUGCCAAGUUUGGAUACGGUGUUGACCCUGUGUGAGACGUUCUUUCGUCUUCACCCGCUGCGGAGCCUUGUCUACAAGGAGUCAUUCAUGUCAGGAUUGAGACGACCGCCUAAGCAUCCCAACCGGCCUCACGACUCCCUGAUCCACGCCAUCCUGGCCGCGACCUUUGACAUCUCGCCCUUGUUUCAGACGGCUCCUAUGCGCGCGUAUGACCGUUCGCAGGGCCAGGGCGACCACUUCUGUCUCAUGCUUGGCGACGGCCCAAUGCGGGCUAAAGACAACAACGCCCUGUUUCCCGAUGGCAGCUUCAAGAACUUCCAUCUGGCAAAGGCAAGAACCAAGGUUGAAACGAGUCUCAUUACCGAGUCUCGCAAUCCUCUUGACUGGAUCUUAGCCUGCAUUCUUUCGACUUAUCAGCUAUGGAGCGACGCUCGCAUCACCGAGUCCUACUUUCUCAGCGCCACCAUCUCCCGAUCGCUUGCCCCCGCUGGCCUGGACAAGCUGCCUCACUUUGUCGAGGAGGGCGAUGCGGCAGAAAAUGCUCCGGGUCUGUUUGGCGUACCCAAAGGCAUCGAGGAAGACGAAAGGCGGAUGGCCCUCUGGCAUACCUUUAUCAUCGACAUGAUUACUGGUGGUUCAAUGCGCUUCUAUGAGAACUGCAUCUCUGAGCAGGCUGUCACGGCAAAUUUGCCAAACAAGGUCGAAGACUACCAGGCAGGCAGGAGCGGGCCGCCCAACGAGCAGACACUUGCCUCGCCAGACCUCUUCAGGGUUGGUCACCUGGACGACUUUACCCUCCACAUCAAGUCGUCCAUCCUCGUUCGCCGAACAAUGACGCUGCACUGCCGCAAUCAGGCCGGCGAUGCAAAGCAUAAGAAGCCAGCAGCCCUUUCGCUGAUCGACAAGAGCAUCUCGGAGCUGCUUGCGGCCUUUCCCCCGACCGAUGACUAUUCCCAGCCAGAGACAUUGUCGGUCGAUCGGCUCAUGGCGCAUGGCAACGUCCAGCUCGCCAUGAUCCACCUCCACGAGCCGUAUCUCAGCAUGGCCUACCCGGCAUCGUAUUCAAACCAGCGCGUGCAGCUGGGCGUCCGCAACAUUCUCAACGUCAUCCGCCAGCUUUUGGGCUCCCAUCUGAAUUUUGCCCUUUUGCAUGCGCAGCUCUACAUCGUCUGGUCCGUCGCAGGCCGAAUGCUGGGCAAACACCUCGAGCAUCUCAACCGCAGCGGCGCAGAGGGUGGAGAAGGGGGAAAGGCGCUCAACGAAGGAGAACGAGAGGAGGAGCUGCAGAGCGUCACGCAGAGCUUGGAUCUUAUCAUUUCUGCGCUCCAGCGGGCUGGCGAAAAGAGUCUCAAGGCCAAGAGGUGCUAUGAGCUUUUGACAUACAUGCGCAAGGGCUUGCUGAGCGAGAGCGUCCUCUAGUGAGUCGGGUGUGCAACCUCCUUUUAUAUUUC